UCCCAUGCCAGAUCUGUUCGGGCUACUUUGCGCUUGUACUGGCGGCCACAGCGAGCAUUGCAUCGACUCCAAGAUGGCGAAAGCACGUCUGGCUUGCCUCCUCACUCUCCUCUCAACUCACUGCUACUUCAGCGUGUUGGCAGUCAUACUGAGGACAGACAACAAUUCACCGUGGACAGAUGAGUUUGACAGAAUUGAAUUAUCAUGUUUGAUCGACUCCAUUUCCACAAACAAUCCUAGAAUUGAGUGGAAAAAGAUUAAAGCGGAGGGACCAAGCUAUGUAUACUUUAACAAGAAAGUUUCAGGUGACUUGGAGAAUCGAGCAGUGAUCAGAGAACCUGCCACAUUAGUGAUAACCAAUGCAACUCGAAUGGACACAGCAAAAUAUCGCUGUGAGGUCACGGCUGCUGACGACCAGAAGUCCUUUGACGAGAUUGUGAUUGACCUUGUUGUUCGAGUAAAGCCAGUUGUUCCAAAAUGCAACGUCCCCAAAUCGGUUCCUUUUGGGAAGUCAGCUGAGCUGAGUUGUUUGGAAGAAGAAGGCUUCCCCAAGUCUCAGUACCAGUGGUUUAAGGACAAAGAGGAAAUUCCUGAUGACCCAAAGAGCAGCAUGAAGUUCUACAACUCCUCAUACACGCUCAACUCGGAAACAGGAAUUCUGAAAUUCAUUUCUGUCAGAAAAGAAGACGCUGGCGAGUACUCCUGCCGAGCAAAAAAUGAUGCAGGAUACGCUGAGUGUACACUGCAGAAGAUGGAAGUCUAUGAUAUUGAUGUUGUGGGGAUUAUACUGGGAGUGGCGGUGGUGGUCAUAGUCCUUGUAUGUAUAUCAGCCGGGAUCUGCUGCGCAUAUAAGCGAGGGUACUUCGCCAGUCAAAAGCAGGCAGUGAACAAUUACAAAGUUCCAGCGAAAGGAGAUGGGAUGGACUAUGUCAGGACAGAGGAUGAAGGAGACUUCCGACAUAAGUCGUCAUUCGUGAUCUGAAAAUGGCACAAGGAUGACAGUGGGUAAAGUGCCAAGUGAAACAAGUGACGUGCGGCUGCAGUCCUCACAGUCUGAUCACGGAGCUGCCACAGUUCAUGCUCCGAGGUCUCGGGAUGACUGAAAUCCAACUUUUUCAAGUUUGCCAAAGGUGACAAGAUUUCACAAGUCAACAGUUUGCAAAACUCUUCGCAUAUAAAGUACAUAGGGACUGUUUUAUUGAAUUGCUGUAAUAAACUGUGGACUUGAAAGUUAUUUCCUGGUUCAAAAUCAAAUCCACAUGGAGAAACAGAUGACAAUACAUUGUCCCACCAAAAUCAGUCAAACAUGACACAUUUCUACAUGACACUUCAAACCGUUUGUCCUUUGUUUUACAUUUAUUUUUUACUGUUGAAAUUUGUCAGACUAUUUUUGAUGGGAUAUAUUUUAAAUGCCAAUAGAUAAAGGUUUACUUUUUUAAAUAUUUGUAAAAUACUAACUGUGUUUUUUAAUUGUAAUUAUUAUUUAGUUGUGGUUUUAAAUAUGUUACUUUAACCACUUUGCAUCAACCUGUAAGCAUUUAUACCUUUGCCAUCGGAAACAAAGAACGACUCAUCAAAGCAGAUUUGUGUCAGCAUAUCAACAAGUGGUUCAUGAUCAGCGGUCUUGCAUAUUGAAUGCUCUCCGCUGGGAUUGCCCAGUUUCUGUUGUCCAAAAAAAAAAAAAAAAAAAAAAAAACAACCUCUGUUUAUUUGUAGUCUUAGAAAGAGGUUUUGAAGAGUGCCAGUCAAAUGCUGUGAAACACUGUACGCAAUCAAUGCUGCGUUUUCUUGGUUUUAAGUGUCCUUCUCUGCUUGCUGUUCAUCUUGUAUAUAUUGAAUUUACUGUCCUGUUGGUAUACAAAUGUGCGUUCAGUAUUACACGAUUAGAAUAGAAGUUUGACAGGUUGUGUGAGUUAGCCUUCCAGACCCCUUUGCCCUUUAUGAAAACAUGCUGUAAUACAGGGUUUGUUUCUGCAGGUUUUAAAUAGAAACACAUUGAACGACUUGCGAGAGCCUUCGACCUUUACCUGGUCCUUUUAAUUGACAGUUAAAACCUGUUGUCAACAGAGCCUGUAGUAACAAAAGAUACUGCUCACACAACUUUGUGGAAUUGCAUCAGCUGUAUUAUCAAGUACGGCGGAACCAGCAAAGUAAUAGAAAUAAUAACAAACAAAAUGCAAUGUAAAGUGAAUUUGUUGAAAGGGCCACCAUAAUUAAACCUUUACUAAUGAUACAGUCAAUGUUUAAAGUCAGAUUUUAAAAUAAUAGCUGUCAUACAAGUGCCACUGCAAAAUAAAACUACUCACCCGUUGAAUAUGUCUAACACGUAAUGAAGCAAGAACAGGAAGUGAUGCUGUGACUGUGGCAUUUUAUAGGUACUGCUAGAAUUAAUUAAGUAUUGUAUGUAUCAGCCUGCAGCCAGCAUAAAAGCACAUCUUGAGUUUUUGCUGCUUCAUCGGUAUGUACUGUUUAAAAUUGAUAGUAGACAUUGUCGUCAUACCAUCCAUUGCAGCUCAGUAAAAAUGUCAUUGUCGACAAGCUUCUCUGAUAAUUUUUACAUUGCAUUUUUUACAUUUGCAUUAGGUUUCCACCAGAGGCUAUUUAUUUACAUUACUAUACAUGAAUUUGUGGAUGCAGUUUAUUUAAUUCAUUGUAUUGCUCAUAUUGUGCCGGAACGGUGGGCGACUGAUUAGCACAUCUGCCUCACAGUUCUGGGGAUCGGGGUUCAAAUCCCGGCCCCACCUCUGUGGAGUUUGCAUGUUCUCCCCGUGCCUGGGUGGGUUUUCUCUGGGCACUCCGGUUUCCUCCCACAUCCCAAAGACAUGCGCGGUAGGUUGAUUGAAGACUGUAAAUUGCCCGUAGGUGUGAAUGUGAGUGCGAAUGGUUGUUUGUUUCAUUGUGCCCUGCAAUUGGCUGGCGACCGGUUCAGGGUGUACCCCGACUCCCGCCCGAAGAUAGCUUGGAUAGGCUCCAGUAGCCCGUGACCCUAGUGAGGAGAAGCGGUAAAGAAAAUGGAUGGAUGGAUGGAUGGAUGGAUGCUCAUAUUGUCCUCUGUCACCAGAUUCUUUCCUCUAAGAUUCUAUUAUGGUUAUCCGAUCUUUUCAUCACACUUUUUGUCUUGUCAUAAGUGGUAUUGUUUUACUUCCCAUGGGCACACCACCUGUGGGAAGGGCCAACGGGGUCGGGUACAUUGGGAACUGGGUGGCGGCUUAAGGUGGGAACCUUGGUGGUCCAAUCCCCGACAACAGAGGCGGGCUCGAGGGGCGUGGAAUAUCAUCUCUCACACCUCCAAAUCUGAGGCAAUGCUCCUCUGUCGGAAAAGAGUAGAGUUAGAGGACCCCCCCCCCUAGGGUCAGGAAUGAAGUGCUGGCCAGAGUAGAGGACUUCAAGUAUCUUGGGGUCCUGCUCACUUUCUUCAUUGUCAUUUUUCUUGUCAUUCUUUGAAGGAUGUAAAUUCCAUACAUCUUUUAUGAUCAUCCUGUUUAAGCUGCUGUCCCCACAACCCAACCCCAAAUAGCGGAAGAAGUUGGAUGGAUGACUGGAUCGAUUUAUGGUAUUCUUUGAAGUGGCAUCACAAAAAAAAGAGGAAAAAAAGACGACAAAAAUUAAUCCGCAGUAGUAUUGUUGAGUUGUUUCAAUUUUGAUUUCAACCACCAAAUUCUGUUUUGACUUUUGAAGCGUAUUUUUCCAGAAACUCCAAGUUGUACAACUUUUAGGGCAGUAAACUUUGCAGGUUCAACUGAAAUUUACUAUAGGUACAAUAAUGAAAACUGAUUAAUCUCGUCUAUUUUUGCUCAUGCUUUUUUUUUUUUUUUUUUUUUUUAGCUAGAUCUUAUUUAACAUAGAUUUAUUUGCAAAUAGGGUGUGGGGUGGACAAUAUCAUUUUAGAUGUUAUAUUCAUUCCUCUUAGGGCUCUGGAAGGUUAACAAUGUUACUGAUUGUAUAUAGGUACUUUGUGUUGUUUAAUUGCAUUCAAGAUAAUGAAAAAAAAGAUCCUAUUAAAAGACAAUAUGAAACUUUCCAUUUAUAAGACUGAUAAAAAGGUAACAUUAAACCAUUACAUUCAUAGCAUGUUGGCAGCUUGGCAAAAUGUGACACCAUGUUUCCACACUGAGCCAUGUGACUGUUAGACAGCUGAGCGAUUCACUUUCUUCAUUAAGUCAUUUUUCUCGUCAUACUUUGAAGGAUGUAAAUUCUAUACAUCCUUUAUGAUCACCUUGUCCAUGAAUCUGUGCACAAUGUUAACUGAAUAUCAUCAUGGCAGAGAAGCAUUUGCACGUGGGAAUUUGUUCAUACCGCUUUGUGAACAUUUUAAGAUAGUCAACAUGCUAACGAAAAUGAGUUUACACUACCGCAAAACUCAUUUGAGAUCACUAAUGGAGCCAAACUGAGGUAAAGGAGUCAUGCAGGCUCCCCCUUCAUUUAUACAAAUUUCAUUCCUCCCCAAGUGCCUUCUGCCGUUAAAAUUGAUGUUUCUCUCACCCACUUCUGUUAUUCUGCCUGAGGUUUCAUGUUUUUAUUUAUUAAUCCACAAGCAUGGCGUUUGAGAGGAAUGAUAUAACCACAAAUUCCUGCUUUCCGUCUUCACAUAUCUGCAAAUUUGUAGAUAUUUUUUCCCCAUAGAUUACAGUAGACAUGCUGAAAUAGACAGAAAUAUAUUGCUGUAGUGCCUAAAUAUAGUGGAAAAUAUUUUUGCUAAGGACACUAUUAGGCAACAGAAUACUACUCGCUUGUAUUGACUGUUUGUAAAACUCAUAUUGCUGCAAGGUUGCAAAUGGAGCGCUUUAACGUCACCAUUUCACAAACCACAAGUCAUGUCAGCUUGGAACGGCAAAACAUGUAUGACAUUUACAUGUCAUUUCACACGGAAAACAGGUGUUAAAGAUUAUCUACACGCAGUUACUGUGUAGUUGUUUUUUAUAUUCAAGGGCAAUCUGAACUGAACAGUCACACAGUACUGUCUUUAUUUUACUAUUCACUAUGCCAUGAAAACAUGUUGUCAUCUAAACUCACACGUUCUUUGAGGGCUUAAUGGGGGGAUUUGUCCGUUCUAGAACCACUCUAUUUGUGAUUAAUAAAACUCACUUCAAAUAUUAA